AUGGAGAGAUUGGAGUCUUUGGACUUGACAAAAAAUCAACUUUCAGGCAUAAUUCCCCCAAGCCUGACUACUAUGAGCUUUCUAAGCUACUUGAAUUUGUCAAGCAACAACUUAUCAGGUAGAAUCCCAUCAGGUACCCAACUUCAAAGCUUUGAUGCUUCUGCAUAUGCAAGUAAUCGAGAUCUUUGUGGCUUGCCUCUUCCGAAAAAGUGUUUGGGAGAUGAAGCAGCUCAAGAUCCUCAAACUGGUGACAAAUAUGGAGAAGGCAAUAUUCAAGAACAUGAAAACUCCCACGAACAUCUAUGGCUUUAUGCUAGCAUUGCACUUGGAUUCAUAGUUGGGUUUUGGGGUGUUUGUGGAUCGUUGAUAUUGAAGAGUUCUUGGAGGCAUGCCUAUUUCGGGUAUCUAGAGAGAGUUGGAGAUUGGCUCUGCAUAACAAAAGCUGUCAGCAUGGCCAAGUUACUGGAAACUUGGAGACUCUGUGCUACCAAGAAAAUAUUUAGUCCAGGUAAUUUUUACAAAUAA